UUGUCUGUUUGAUUGAGAGGAUGAUGGUUGAUUUGUGUAACAGGAGGGAUGGCGGCAUCUUUGGAAUUUCCUUUUACACUUUCACAGCGGAUGGAGCUUGAGAUACAAGUUAGGAUUUACGAAUACAUGAUGGCUUCCGUUCCUGUGCCUCCUGAUCUCCUCAUCCCCAUCGCCGGAAUCCCCUCGGCUUCGGUUACUUUUGGUGAUGGUGCCGUAAAUCCAAGGUUGGCAGGUAGAAGGGAUGUUGAACCAGGGAGGUGCAAGAGAACAGAUGGGAAAAAAUGGAGGUGCUCAAGAGAUGUGGCGCCUGACCAGAAGUUCUGUGAGCGCCACUUGCAUAGAGGUCGUCCCCCCCGUUCAAGAAAGCCUGCGGAACUUCCUAACAAGAGGACUCGUCAAGCCACCUAUGGUCAAUCUCUUCCUUCAUCUUCCUGCACCAUUCUCACUAGAUGCUUCUCAGCGUCAGCCCUUCCAGCAGAACAAGAUCACUGGUUUCUUGAAAAGCCAAGUGAAAAAGCUGCAACUUUUUGGCCUAGGACCUCGAACUGGACUACGAAUGAAUUCAUUCCCAUGGCUGACCAGCAGUGGCAUCAUCUCAUGCAAACAGGGGCAGAUACUGAAGGUUAUUUGUCCAAUGCUUAUGACAAGGAACCUCUAGACUUGAUCUCGUAUCCAAAUUUCAAUGUUGCAGAAGAUCAACAAUGCAAUACUUGCCCUUGGUUUCUCAACUCUGAAAUAGUUCCGCUACACAAGUCCGGUGAAGGUUCACGUACAGGCUUAAUUGAUGCGUGGUCUACUGGUGUAUCAGGUGACAACACUGCCUCCGUUUCUUGUAACGGGAAACCCUCUCUUUCAUCACUUUCCCAGUUAAUGGGAGUCAAUACCAUCACGGAUAAUGAGAUGGGUCCUAUCCGUAUGGGGUUGGGAGUGAACGAGUACGAUGAGAUCGAUGAAUAUGCUUCCAAAUCAAUUCUUUCAAGUUUGUUAGCCCCUGCACCUUGGCCUGCCUCCACACCUGGUGGUGCACUAGCUGAGGUUUUAAGGCCGAGCGCCACCUAAAGCAGCUCGAACCUAUCAUAUGCUGUCACCGGAAAGGAAAAGUCCUGUAGUCCAACGGUGACUGUAUUGUCCUCGCCGUCUGGUGUAUUACAUAAAGAUCUUGCUUCACUGUCUGAUAGCAGUGGCGGCGGUAGCAGCCCAGCACUUGUUAGUUCCAGGGUCAAACCUGAGAUCAGUUGAUGCUUGGCUUAAAGGAUAUUACCACUCCCUCUUGUCCGAAAUCAAAUUUUCCUACAAACGGAUUUGUUC